AUGUAUGUAAAUGGACCCCCAUUAUUCGCAGUGGAACAGAACAAUGCACAGCUAGCGGUGGUAGCACUUGAGCUAGCUGCGGGAGUUGAUGAUAUGACGGCACUCGAGCUAAUUGCAGCAGAAGAAGCAGCACCGCUGGAAACAGCAGUGGUAGAAGUUGGUACAAACGAGAUUAUCGAACUGCUAGGUGUCAAAGUAGACUCGGAGCUCGAAACAGAAGUUACUGGAAGUGAACUCAAAGUCACUGUUGGUUAUGAGACCGAGGAAGUACCACUUUCAAAAGCCGAGCUAGCGGCGGAAGAUACGGAUGAGGUUUCUUCGGACACAGUUGAGCUAGCAGACGCCGAUACUGAUUCGGAUAAGGUUGCACUUGAGACGGCAGGGACGCUUGAGCUGGAUUCUAGACCGAUUGAUGAGGAACUUCCAGAUUCUACCGCGGAAGUGGAAACGACUGAAGAGGUAGAAGUUGCAGAUGUCGAUUCAGACCCAGAAAUGACAGAGGUACCCGAAGUAGAUGUCGAUUCUGAUAAUGUCAAGCUACUGGAAGCAGAUGCCGAGUACGUCUCAGUCGUGGAAAUAGCUGAACUUCCAGAAUUUGACGCUGACUCAGAAAUAAGCGAAGAUGAUAUCAACGGAAUUGAAGAACUGAAAGUUCCAGAUGAGAGAGUAGAUGCACCAGUUUCGAUAGCUGAGCUUUGCGAAAGAACGGCCGAGCUAGAAAUUAUUUCUAUGGAAGAGCUAGCAGCUACAGACGUAGAAGAAGUCUCGAGAACAGUGGAAGUCCCAACAGUGGAUUCAGUUGGAACAAAGGUAGAAAGUGAUGCAGUGCUACCUGGAAGCGCAGAUGUCUCAAGAGCAGUCGAAGUUUCAACAGUCGAUUCUGUCGAUAAUGUAGCUGAAGAUUGGACUGGUAAAUCAGAAGUAGCCACAUUUGAGGAGAGAACGUUUGAUGAAGUUGCUGCAGUUCCAGAGGACAUGGGGGUAUUUGAGUUGAUCACGGUUGAAGAGCCAUCACUAACAGGAUUUGAAGUACUAGCAGCUGCCGAGGAGGAUCCUGGGGCGGUGGAGAGAACAUUACUGCUGGUAGGAACAGCUUCGGAAGAUAAAGUACUGCUAACCGAAAUAUAUACUGAAGAUAAUUGCGAUUCCGAAAUACUGAAAGUGGGGAGUACCGAAGAAGGAAGUAUCGAUGAGAGGCUUGAUACAACUGCGGAGCUCGGAAGAGUUGGAAGCACACUUUCUUGGGACGACACCGGACCAAUUGAUGAAGAUGGGCUUCCUGAACUACUGGUAAUCGACGUAGAUUCUGGAAGAUCACUACCGGAAGAAGUUGGCUCUGAGGUACUGCUAGUCGUAGCAGGAUUCGAAGUCGAUUGGCUGGAGACAAUUGGUGCGGUAGUGGAUAUCGAUUCAGGUCCCGCACUGGAUGUAGGAAAGCCUGAAGAUGUUGCAACAGUGGAAGAUGGCGCAGCUGAGCAAAAACUUGGAUAA